AUGACGACUCCUGGCGUCCCUGUCGACCUGUAUUCGUACUGCCUGCUCCUGCAGAGCGAAAUUACUCGCCUCACCGACCGUCUCGACCGUCUUGAGUAUGGUACGCCUGCUCCACCCCCUGCUCCCCCUUCCCCUGGUCCUACAUUCCACGGUGUCUGGGACGGCAGUCGCUGGGUUCUUCCAACAAUCCCGGCCCCUACCCCUGCCGUCAUCGCUGCGGCCCACACUUCCAUACCACUUGCCGAAACCUUCCCCCCUACUGCGCCCGACACUGUCACGCUUCUCUUGUACGCUUGUGCUCAUGACACUUCUGGUGCUCAGUUGCGCGCGUACUCUGAUCGCGCUGCGCCUGGCGAGCGCCGGGUCUCUAUCCGGGGAACCGACCAGCAAAUCGGUGAAGCGCUUAUUGCGCUUGGGAAACGGUUCAUGCGUAAGCGUGUCCGUGCGAAGAAGCAACGUCAGCCACCGUCUGCUGAGGGACCUGCUCCCCCUCCUCCUGUCGCGCCUGUGCCUGCGUCCCACGCCACUAAGAUGGAUGUCGACCGUGCUCCGCACCGCUCGUCCACUGUGCCCCGUGGCCAGUCUCAGGUGCCCCGCCCCCACUGCCGCACGUCCUGCCGCUCAUCCGAGGGCUUCGACUGCCGCCCGGCGGGCCAGCUGGGCAUUCGCGACUGUCUUCUCCCCUCUUCCCGUCUACCCUACCCCGUCAGCCCGCCGCCGCCACUACCCAACCUAUACGGGCCGCGGCUUCCACUCUCCCUACUCCCCAGCCUAACCCUACUCCCUUCGCACCCUCGGUGGCUAUGGGAACUCCGUCGAUGUUUACCCGAGUCUCGCAUACCCAAGGCGCCUCUCCCAUGCGGAUGGAUACCAGUGUGGCUUCCACUCCCAUGCAGAUUGACGCGGUAG